CAAUUACAAAAGCCCUCGUGGAAAUCAAAACGACAUAGUUUACCUCGGUUCUCUUUGUAAUGGUAACAGUUUAUUUUCCUCCCUUGCAUCAGUCAAACAAGCGUCCUUCAGUUUUGCACUGAAAUCUUCGGACAAAAAAUCUAGACACCGUUUUCCAGGAAAUCAUGGAAACCAGUAGGGGUCAGGGUGGAAUCCAGCAGUUGCUUGCUGCGGAACAAGAGGCUCAGCAUAUCGUGAAUGCCGCCAGAAAUGCAAAGAUGGCUAGGCUGAAACAAGCCAAGGAAGAGGCUGAAAAAGAGAUUGCUGAACAUCGAGCUCAAGCGGAGGAGGAGUUCCAGAGGAAAGUUGCUGAGAGCAGUGGAGAUUCAGGUGCUAAUGUGAAGCGGCUUGAGCAAGAGACAGAAGCAAAGAUUCACCACCUGAAGCAUGAGGCUGCAAGAAUAUCAGAUGAUGUUGUCCAAAUGCUUCUCAAGCAUGUGACAACAGUGAAGAAUUAAGCCCCUGGACAUGGCAAACGGUCAAAAUCUGUUAUACCAGUUUUUUUCUCUUGGCGUGGUUUAUCCUAGGCCAUAGCUUCCUGCGUGCUGUAGCAUUUGCCUUGUUCUGUUCACUUAAUUUAAACUGUGCACGGCAAAUUAGACCUUUUUAUUGUCGAAUAAAGCACUUCAAGAAUAUAUUCGCCAACUGAUUUGCCCAGUAUUUGUCACUAUCUUAUUCUGUAGUAGGGGAAUAGAGCAAUAAAGUUUUACUUAGGUCAAUAUGUUUGACAUUUGAACUUAAAUUUAUAGUUAUGAUCAGAAUCCCAAACCUUUUGUUUUUA